AUUUCGUCUGCUUGGGACAAGGUUAAAGUCAAAUAAAACAGCUAGUUUUCGGUCAUAAUAAAUCCUAAGAACAGAAGACAUGUGGAAGUCUUUAAUGUUAAGCGGGGUACCAUUCUGGUCUUACAUAUGGGGCAAAGAAACUAAGCGGUUGGCUACAUGCAAUCGACCACAACAUGAAAGAUUGGCAAAAGUUGAAACUAAGGGAAGCAGUUAUGAUUAUUUUAGUUGGUUGAGUGAUGUAGCACCUUGCUAUCCUAUUCAUGGUGAUGAUGUCUUGGUUUUAACUGAACCUAAACAGUUUUAUGAAAUAUUGAAAUCCAAGGCUAGAAAAGCUAAGAAGAGGGUGACGUUAGCCUCACUGUAUUUAGGCACAGAAACAUUGGAAGCAGAAUUGGUUGAUUCUGUACAGGAAGCCUGUAGUCGAGCAGUAAAAGAAGGAAAUAAAGAGUUUAAAGUGAAUGUUUUAUUAGACUAUACUCGGGGAUCUAGAGGACAGACCAUCAGUUCUAGGACUAUGUUACAACCUUUAUUAAAACAUCCUGAUAAUAAUGUGAAAAUAGCAUUAUAUCAUACCCCUGAUCUUCGUGGUCUAUAUAAACUAUUAAUACCAGAUCGCUUCAAUGAAACUAUAGGAUUAACACAUGUAAAAGCCUAUAUAUUUGAUGACAGUGUUAUUAUUAGUGGAGCCAACCUAAGUGAUAAUUAUUUCACCAAUAGACAAGAUAGAUAUGUAUUAUUUAACAAUUGUCCUGAUCUAGCAGAUUUCUUUGAUAAUCUGGUACAAACAAUAUCCAAGUUUUCAUUUCAACUUCAGUCAGAUAAUACUGUUACAUUACAUCCACAGUGGAAAUUACAUCCUUAUAAAGGUUGGAAGCUUACAGCAUUUACGACAGCUGCAAGGACAGAAAUACUGAACUUUAUAGAAUCUGUAAAGAGCAAUAAAGAGAGAUUACGUCAAUUUGAAGCAUCUACCAGUAAUCUCGCAUGGACUAAACACAGUGAAAUUAGCAGUAGAAAUAAACAGUGUGAUACUUGGGUUUAUCCUUUAAUUCAGAUGAAGCCGUUUGAGAUCAUAUUUGACGAGAUUGCUACUUUAAGUUUAUUCAAUGAAGCCGCAGCGAAAGAUGAGAUAUUAUUAGCAUCAGGAUAUUUUAAUUUAACUGACAAUUAUUUAGAAACUAUUCUAAAAGACUCGCAGGCUAAAUUCAGUAUUUUGAUGGCUGCACCAGAGGUGAAUGGGUUUUAUGGGGCUAAAGGAGUAGCUGGCUUAAUACCCUUGGCUUAUAUACAUAUUGCUAGAGUGUUUUACCAGUCAGUCUGUUAUUUUAAUCAAGAUAAAAGAAUUAAGAUGUAUGAAUACACCAGACCUGAGUGGACAUUUCAUGUGAAAGGUUUAUGGUAUUAUUUACCUAAUGAUAUUUUACCUGCUCUGACACUUAUUGGAUCUCCAAACUUUGGUUAUAGAUCUGUAUAUAGAGAUUUAGAAUGUCAGACAGCUAUAGUUACAGAUAAUGAUAAUCUCAGAAAACAGUUACGUGAGGAACAUGUGAGAUUAUACCAGUCAUCAAAUCCAGUGAACGAGGCGUAUUUACAGAGACCUGAUAGACAAGUCUCUGUGUGGGCUAAGGUGCUAACAUCACUCAUAAAAAGCUUCUUUUAGUUAUUUAAGUGAUUAGACCGACCCUCGAAACCACUAGCACAGGCAUUAGAAUUUUUCUUACCUCAAGGAAGAUCCGAACUCAGAGUGUCUAAUCGCCUAGCAGACAAUCCAACUCACUACCCACUGAACUAUUCCACUAGGUUAUUUAAAGUAACAAGUUUUAGAGUGAAGUUUUUAUUGAUUUGAGGGAACUGAGCAGUUGAUUCCUUUAUAACUGUCUCUAAGAAGGCUUAUAUUAAGUCUUAAGUUGCGAUAGUAGCAUUUUACUUGAAAUGAUUUGUGGUUUCAGCAUCAUGUAUAGAAGAAAUUUGUUGACUUUUAAGAAUGUCAUUAUAUUUAUAAUAAUAAAUUAUGAACCAAAACUAUAAGAGUUUUACAACUUAAGAUUUGCGCAAGUCCUCGAAUCGAGAUUGAAUGAAAUAAUGCUUACUUUUCAAUUCUCAAUAUCUGCAUGUUUUUAUGACUCAAUUCUACCUCAUUUAUUUCGUCAGUUUUAGAAUUCUAAAAUACUGAUCAUUGCUUCAAUAGUUUUAAUAUCCUGUAUUUAACACUGUAGAUUUUGAAGUACUGCUCUCACAAUAUUUUUUUUAGAGUUAAUGAAUAUCAUACAUAGAUUAUUGUUGUUUGUAAUAAAUUUUACACUUGUUUAAACAGAUUUAUAUUU